AUGAAGGCACAGUUCGAUUCAUUUCCGUCGCCGCGAAUAACCAUCACGAAAUCUUCGGGCUCAUCCUCCAAUGUGUUCGGCGAUCCGUUGAAGGAGCUGAAUAAUAAUGAAGAUGUUUUUAAUUUAUUCCGAAAACCACAAGAAAGUCAUCAUGCCACAGCAUCGCUCAAUAAGCAUUCGUUAGUUGCAACAAAUGCUCUCGGCCAUGUCGUCGAGUUGGAAGUACCAACAACAUUUUCUCGUAGUUCAUCUCUUUCGAGCCUUAUAGAUGAUUCAGAUUCGGAGGACGUGCUGUCCAAUUCAAAACAACCCAUGAAACAAUCAUCCAACAAUUUAUUAGGGGAACAUUAUCCUUACAACAAUAUGAAGGCCAGCAGUGAAAGUAUAUGUUUGCACAACACUGUUGAGGAUGAUAUUUCACCUCAAAUCAAAGAAUCAAAGCCACACGACAGAAUUCUCAAAGAAUUGCUGUUAAAUGAAUUUGGAAUGGCGGAGAGCUCAGCAUGGACAACAACGAGUACAACAGUAACUUCAUCAUCCACUCAAAACAUGAAUCAAUGUUGUAAAUCAUCACCGUUUGGAGUUUCAAACACACAUGAUGUCACAACAACUGUUCAUCCGACAGCAACAACACAAACCAAGCAUGACCACAUUUCCAAAAAUUUAAAAACCACCUGUGCAGCUACAAAAGUAUCAUCUGUAUCGCAUCAAAAAAACAAUUCAACAACUGUACGACCCAAAGUGAAUUCUAACAAUGGUGCAAAGAUGCCAACAACACGACAUGAUUCUACUUCCCUUAAAAAAACAUCUCCCCCCACAAAACCAGAAAAUCCAAAAAAUUCCAAAGUAGAUCCUCUAAUUUUGAAUCUCGAAAAAGCAAUGAAUACUCUCUAUGUCAAACCUCAAACUCAUCCUACACAAACCGUAACUUCUAGUACAAUGAUUGUGGUCACACCUGAAGCUAUGGGAGAUUCGCCGUCUCCCUUUGCAGAACAGCCUUCCACGCCAACAAAAUCCUCACCAUUGUCACUCCUUAAUAAUGGUGACUCAUCUCAACCACAUACUCUUAAAAAACCAUCCCUAAGCAUCAAAAUUGAAUCUCCAAGUCAUGUAAAUACCAAAUCGAAAAACAAGUUAGUGAAAUAUGAGGGUACAAGAAUUUAUCAAGGAAAAAAUCAACCCUCCAACCAUACGAACAUGAAUUGUGUCUCAAAUGGUGGUACACCACAGUUCACUAUUCCUCCAUCAUCGCAAAAAUCUCAACAACAACAAAAAACUCUGAAAGCUCAAACAAUCACCUCCAAUAAUUGUACACCUUCGAGCACUGUAACAAUCACAACUAACAACAAUGAAGGAGAACAGCAUCCUCCUCAAAACUCAAAAUCUCUUCAGCCAUCCUCAACAACUAGUCACAGCGGAAACAAUCAUCAAAAACUUUGCAUUUGGGAGCGAAUCAAACAAGGAAGUAAUGCAAUACAAAAGAGAAUUGACACCAUGAAGACGUCACUUCAACGAGGUGGAAGUCAGCUCUCUCUUACCACCAUGUUAGCUCCUACUUUAAGCGCGACCAAUGGAUCAUCCAAACUCAAUCUGCUCUCAGAUUUGAAACGAAUGGGAUCAAAACGAGAGUUGUCAACACCGAAACCAAAAAUUCCCAAUGACAUUUUUAAUCCUUCCUCAAUACUUUUCAAAAUUCAUGAUUUAAUUCAAAACAGGUUACUGAGAGAACGCGAGAAUAAAAUCACAGACAAGGUCAAGUGGCGUCUCAAGAAGAAAUUUAAACGACUCAUUGCUCAGCAACAAGCUGAAAAAGAAAAGAAAGAUCGACAAUUACAUGGAAUUUAUGAACACAGAAAAAGAUUGACUCGUUUUCAAAUGCAAGCAGUUUUAAACACAGUGGACCCACUUCGGUUAAUUCCUCAACAAACUGACGAUCAAGAGGGACAUUAUCAAAAACAACAUUCAGCAACUUCCAACCAUUCUCUAAAAUCGAACAAUGGUGGCACAUCAUCCAAUGAAAAUAGUGCGCGUAACUCUAUUAAUUCAUAUUCAAACGUGUCGUCGAAUAACACGGUAGAUUAUCAUGAAAAAAAUCGAGAAGAAAUUAUGAAACAACAGAAAAUAUUAGAACAGUUGGAAUCUGAACUUUUUCAACAAGAUCACAACUCAAGGAAGGUGAAAUUUGGAGAUGAAAAAUCGACGUCAAGCACCAACAAUUCCAGCACAUUGUCAUCAAUGAAUGAAAAAUCAGUGGACUCUCAAAAAUUGAUGAAUACUAACCACCACCAGGAACAACAUCUGGAUCAUACGAGUACCAGUAUUGCAAUUCGAAAUAGAACUUCCAGCUAUCAUCCUUCAUCGUCUCAGAGGCCACAUUCCGCACCUUUGAGAGGAGGCAUUGCCGUGAAUCAUGAAAAAAAGAAUGCACACGCUCUUCAAGACUUGAUGAUUGAAAAGGAAGUCUCUAAAAGAAAGAUGAAUGCAUCCAUGUCGAGUUCUACCAAAGUGUCGACCUCGAAAAACUCUACGGCUCUCUCCAAAACGUUUUCAGAGACUAAAUUGAAAUUAUUUAAUCCGUAUGCACCAAAAGUGCCGCUGAGGGAUGGCUACCAUGACUCAAAUGCGACCAUGUCAGCACAAGAUGAUAAGACAAAGAAUAAGGGCAAUACUUUGGUGAUUGAAUUUCAAAAAAUGGUUCUUCAAGAAAAUGAGUUGAAACAAGGAGGGCUAAAUCACAGUUCUGUGACAGAAGUUGAAGAAGGUCCAACCACUGAUUUGUACGAUUUCAGUAGUGUGAAUCCAUUUGAUGCUGUUAAAAACAUGAACAUUGCCUCCAAGACACAACACGUACCUGCAGCAGAGAUACUGGCACGAACGAGUGCAGACACUGACAAGAAGAAAGCCAGUGCAGCUCAGCAAACGCGACGAAAACGGUUAAAAAUCAAACCUCCUUUGGAUACUGGUCUUAAAGUUAAGGAAAAACGAGAGGCUGUGUUGACCAUGGGAAUUGUGUGUGAUAUUGGCAAGUUCACACUUUAG